UCAAUCUCAUCCAGUAUCCACGACAAACAAACCUCGGCUCGAAAACAAGUUCUCCAUUCUAACCAAUUCAAACCUUUUAAAAAGGACAAAUACACACUUACUAUUUUGCUUCGUUGGUACCGGAAAAAUGGUGAAGCAGGUCGCCGACAAGCCCUCUGAACAAAGCGAUUCUAAGUUCAGAGGGGUUCGAAAGAGGAAGUGGGGCAAGUAUGUCUCCGAAAUUAGACUACCUAACAGCAGGGAGAGGAUCUGGUUGGGAUCUUACGACUCCGCUGAGAAGGCGGCGCGUGCUUUCGACGCCGCCAUGUUUUGCUUACGCGGUCGCUCUGGUAACUUUAAUUUCCCUGAUAACCUGCCGGACAUCGCAGGCGGCAGGUCCAUGUCCCCCGCCCAGAUUCAAGCCGCCGCGGCCCGUUUUGCCAAUUCGGAGCUUAUGACGGGUCAUUCCAAUAAUCCCCUGACCCGUGAAUUGCCAGAGGAGUCUCCGUCUCAUUCGCUUUCGGAAGCGACUAUGUUGCCCGUGGAAUCCUCGUCACCCUCGCUUUCUGAGGUGACGGUGCAAACGGACUGUGAAAUGACACAAAACGAAUCGGUCCCGGAUCUGUUCAAGACAAUCGGAUCGGGUAAUUAUGCAAAUGAAUACGGGAUAUUCGCGGGGUUUGAUGACUUAACCAGCGAGUUCUACGUACCAGAAAUGCCAACUGUGGAUUACGAAGAAGAAAACAUGGACGGACUGAUAAUUGACGACUCAUUCCUGUGGAAUUUUUAAGCAGUAAAUGAGUACAAAUAUACUGAUAGUCGAUUAAAGUUUCGGAUUGUUUUUAUAAUUUCCUGAACAUUCACAAGAGCCCUGGAUUAACUGGAGCCAGGACUGGUCAAUUUUUGGAGGACCAACCCCUGCGAAUGUCUGGGAAGGUGCAUUUUUUCUUCUUGAUCAUCAAUUGGAAUUAACAAUUUGUGCUGAGAAGUUAAUUAGUUCAGCUGUCUAGCGAGGCUGUAUAGUUGUUUAGAGAAAUAUUGUAAUUUUUCUGUAGCCAUGGAUUCAUUUCAAUCAAUGAAAUAAAUAGUUUUAUCA